AUGACAACAGUGAGAGCAUUGAUAGCCACAGCAGUAAAGAAAGGCUGGUGCAUAUCCCAGCUAGAUGUAAACAAUGCCUUUCUUCAUGGGGACCUCAAUAAGGAAGUAUAUAUGCAAAUCCCCCCUGGGCUUGUUGUGGACAAACCUGGACUGGUAUGCAAGCUAAACAAGUCUCUCUAUGGGUUGAAACAAGCCAGUCGACAGUGGUAUGCAAAAUUGACUGAGGCCUUAUGCUCAAAAGGCUAUACAUACUCCAUGAAUGAUUAUUCUCUCUUUUACAAGAAGAAUAGGCACUCAUUGGUGUACCUUGCAGUGUAUGUUGAUGAUGUAUUGCUUACUGGAACUGAUGAAGAAGAAAUCGCACACUUGAAAGACUUUUUGCAUGAAAAGUUCAAGAUCAAAGACCUGGGGGAGCUACAUUUCUUCUUGGGACUAGAGGUGAUGUACAAAGAUGAUGGUGUGAUCAUAUCUCAACGGAAGUUUGUACUGGACAUGCUGAAGGAGUAUAAUUGCCUUGACUGUAAGUCAUGUUCCUCACCUUUAGAUCCUACAGUGAAGUUGAAAGCUAACGAAUGUGCCAUUCUACAAGACCCUACAUACUACAGGAAAUUGGUAGGAAAGCUAAAUUUCCUAACUAACACUAGGUUGGACAUAGCAUAUGGUGUUCAACACCUAAGUCAAUUUAUGCAAGAGCCUAGAGAGCCACACUUGAAAGCAGCCUUUCACCUCCUUAGGUAUUUGAAAGGUGAUCCCACUAGGGGAAUUUUCAUGUCUACAGACACAGACUACACCAUUAGAGCAUAUUGUGAUGCAGAUUGGGCUAGUUGUCCAGAUUCUAGGAAAUCCAUCACAGGCUACUUGGUGCUUCUGGGAAAUAGCCCUGUUAGUUGGAAGUCCAAGAAACAAGAAACUAUUUCACUGUCUUCCGCAGAAUCAUAG